UUGUUAUCAUCCUCUGGAGUCUUGUUUAGCCACUAAGCUUCAUCUUCAUGUUCCAGUGGCGUUCAAUUUUCCACGUGACCCCCAUCUUCUGAAGCCACAUCACACACACGUGAAGCAAAUAUCUAACUUAUGACAGAAAUCCUCCCAAAUUACAGCCAUCAAUUCAGAAACAACGGAGGGAUAUAAUAGUAAUUCGAUUUUUGAAUUCACUAAAAACGAAAUUUUAAUUUCGGUCUAGGAAGUUAAUCCGUGUUUCCUAUUCAUGGCGCUUCUGGUUCCCGGCGGGUGCGCACGUUUAAGCUUCUCACGCCCGGCGCACGGUAGCCGUGCGACUGUCAUAGUUGCUACUCUAUCCCCUCCUAGACGUGACACUGUGGACUGGGUGGAGGCUACUGCGAGCUUCUUUGAACGUGACUCCAGACCCAUCAUGUUAUAUGACGGUGUUUGCAACUUGUGUAAUGGAGGUGUGAGGUUUGUUCGUGACAUUGAUCGAAAUGGGAGAAUCAGGUAUGAAGCACUCCAAAGUGAAGCAGGCAAAAAUUUACUGAGGAGGUCAGGAAGAGCUCCUGAUGAUAUUUCGAGUGUUGUACUCGUUGAAAAGGACAGGUCAUAUAUCAAGUCAGAUGCUGUUCUCAAGAUAAUGGAAUAUGUGGACUUACCUUUCCCUCAGCUUGCUUUUUUACUUCGGAUUGUACCUCUGUUUGCGAGAGAUUUUGUAUAUGACAACAUUGCAAACAAUCGGUACACGAUUUUUGGUCGUUCAGACUCGUGUGAGUUAUAUGACAAUUAAGUUAAUGGAUGGUUGUUGUUAGAAAUAAUUGUAUAUUGGAAACCCCAGAAGUGAGAGUUCUUGAUUGGUUAACCAAUUCUUGUUCUGGUGGAAAUAAAAUAAUCAUUACAUAUAAAUAAAUAGAAAUAUCUUUGGUAUAAA